AUGUGCCCUUUAUCUCAGCCGUUGUGUAACGCCAAGAUUCGCACCAGUGCUAGUAUUUCACUCUGUAUUUGUUGCAGUAUGCGCUGCGUUUUCGCAGUAUCUGGCCCACCCAACUACCGCAGUAAAUGUAACGGCGAUCAUCCUAGCGGCCACGACUCAGAUGGAACGUUGUGUAGUAGGCCACGGCUCAGCCGCCUCCCAGCAAACGGACGUCGUCCCUCGUCUCACUCCCACCGAUCCCAUUAUUUUAAUCCCUGCAUCCUUCCACUCCAAGAUUCUUCUGCUACCUCUGCUCUCCUCCUUCCCUUGUCCUCUUCAUCUUCCCCGAGGAGAACCAAAUCGGAAAUAAGGGCAGCCUCCUCCUCUUUCUCGCAGCCCAACGAGGUGCCCCCGCUGAUCCCUUGUCCACCUUGUGGCGAUAAGGUGGUCACCUUCGUCUCCCGAGCUGGAGAAUGCUUCUACAAGUGCAUUAGAAAACAUCCAUACAUGCCGCAACGCUCUAUAGCUGCACACCCAUCCGGUGUCCUUCAGCAUAGAUCCAACCGCCAGCGCCAGUUCGUCGACGGCAGCUCAUGCACGCCUCCAGCCGCACACACAGCAAGCAAGCCCGUCCAGCAUCCAGGGGAAAUCCAAGCAGCUCAUGCACGCGCUGUAGCCGCACAUGCAGCAGGCGAGCCCUCCCAGCACCGCACCGCAAUGCUGCUCCAUUGACAGCAACCGCACAACGUUGCUGUUGGCCGGAACCAAUUGUACUAGGCAUGAUUUUCUUAAUCUUCGUGCAGUGCAGCAACUAGUUCCAUGUGCGGUAUGGUUUGUAAUAGGGGAUAGCCCCCCGGUGUGGUGUACUAGUUAAUUUUCGUAAUCGCAGCUUGUAAUCAGGAAUGGUCUGUAACCGUGGCAAUCAGUGUGCCAAGUAGUAGUGUACUCUUUUGUGUAUACUAAUCCAACGAUGUGAUCUAUGUUAAUCUUUUUUGUUAGCCCA